AUGAUAUUAUUUUUUAUUCGUGAAUUGCACUUAUCAUUUUCAAACUACUAAUAUGUGUUGCUCUUCACAAAUGUUAAAGAAACUUUGUAGAGAAUUUUUAUAGUAGCAUGGAGUGGAUUUGAAAUAGUUUACCCCAAUUUAAUUAUUUAUCGAGAAACUAUUAAGAAAGUCUAAAAAUUCAAACUUAAUACUAAUUCCAAUUCAUUAAAGAAAAGCAUCACUUUUAAAUAUCUUCUUACUUAGAGUGAAAUGAUUUUAAAGAAAACUUGA